AUGCCGCUGGCAGCGGCCAACAUUGAUGGGCAACUGCCCGCAGAUGGGCAAGCUGUUCAAGAAUUGAGCUGGGAGCAAAUUCUUCCUGCUGGAUUUAAAAACUCAGGCCAUUCUUCUCCAUGUUGGCAUGUGAUUUUUGCAAUCACAAAAUCUAUCCAUUGCAGUCUGAAUCCAAAUGGUAUUGAUCAUCCUGUCCACACAGAAGGCAUUAACCUCCCACUUGAAGGUGAAGGAGUCGAGUCACUCUCGCUUAAGAACGACAGUACCCAGAAGGCGCCUGAGUCCAAAGAGACACCCAAAAGAGAGCAAGCAGAACCAGAAACUUCAAAGACUGGUACUGUGAAACUGACAAAGCCAGUGGCACUCUGGACACAGCAGGAUGUCUGCAAGUGGUUGAAGAAACACUGCCCUAAUCAGUAUCAAAUCUACAGUGAGUCAUUCAAACAGCAUGACAUAACUGGCCGUGCUUUGCUGAGGCUUACUGACAAAAAGCUUGAACGAAUGGGAAUUGGCCAGGAGAGCCUACGGCAGCAUAUUUUGCAGCAAGUUCUUCAGCUGAAAGUUCGAGAAGAAGUCCGAAACCUUCAGUUGCUUACACAAGUGUUAAUGCUUGUGGAGGUUGACAGUCCUGGAGACAAGACUGCACAAUUCACACAGUAAGAACUGCAGGGAUAGCAGCAGUGAAGUUUUCCCUUUGCUACCUGGAGUGACUCACAGCUAAUCUAGAGCUGAGGAGGUAUUUGCAUCUCUGUGCGCUAUUGUGGUGGUAAUUUUGCAAGCCCCAGCAGAGAGUUCUCCAUAAAUAUUACCAGCCUGUAAAGCUGCUGUCCUGCCAGUUGAACUUUCCUUCAUGAAAUGUGUUACAAAUGGCACUGCCAGAAGAUGACCAUGGAGGAUUGAAAGAUGAACUGAAAUAAAACCAUCCAGUCAAGAUGAUACAUUCUGGAAAGCCCUGGCUUGCUGUGGAAUGAAAAUGUGCAUAAUAUACAGUGCUGAUUUGUUCGGAGUAGUCACUGACAGACCAUUAGCUGGAAACUUACUUCCAGUUUUCAUCACUGUGCAUAACUUUGAGUUCCCACUAGGGAACUAUCUGUGCCCUUCACUGGAAGUCCUGUUUUAGCAUGACAACUACUGGAUUCUUUUAUUAUGUAUGCAGAUGGCAUGAUGUUUUAGGAAAAACUUACAGCAGAUCUCCCAUCUCAGUGGAUAUGUUCACAAUAUUUCACUCCUGAUAGGAAUGUAACCAUGUCUUGUGUAUGUUAGUUAUACAGUCAAACGAUAUUCCAUUUAACUAUAGCAGCACUUCACGUGUGCUCUCCACACAGAAGACUUAGCACGUUCCAUACAUUUAAUAAAAGGUCUUUUUAGAAAAGGUAAAAUAUGUUUCGGUACUUAUGCUGAGACCAUAUCCAAAAUUAAGGCUUCACAGUUUCCUAGUAGAUUGCAAAGAUAUAUUUCUCAUAGCAAAUGUGCCACUCCUUUUAUUGAGACUUACAGAACCGCUACUGUGGAAGUAGCCAGGAAUAGGGUAGUUGAAUGGGUUAUAGGACAUUGUGUCUAGUCUUCCCUGUUCCCCACCAAAUCCUGAGCUCAGCAUUUCUGCUGUGCCAGUGCAUUUCCCAGUGAGUUGUAGGGGAAAGGAUCCUUUCUCAGGCAUGUAUUAUGCCCCCAGUUUUUAUCUACAUUAAGGAUAGAGCCUUCUAUGCAAAUCACUCAUUGUUUUGGGUGGCAUGGUAUAGAGCGCCUGAACUCUUCACAGAGAACAAACCAUGCAAAGUGGAUUAAAUACUCUUAGAGAGUAGGGCUCUCUCUGUAGAGGACAUCAACUUCUAUUAAUAUUUCCCCCUUAUUCAACCCUAAAAACAGUUUUAGUAUGAACUAGGAAUGGGCAAAUGGCUCUAAUAAACUUUUCAAUAUACUGUAGCAGGCUCAAGACUGUUGCAUUCAACCUGAGCAUUGUUAUUUUUUGUUCGGUCUCUUAAGUGGCUGAUACCAUCAUCGGUUGUAUCACAGCUGGCUGAGAUACAAUUUUUAUUCACAGGGACUUUGGGGAAGUAAUUUCCAUUCCUCAUAUUGGGACCUACUUGAAACACUCUUUUUAAUAAAAUAUUGUCAGCAGCCUGCUGAGGGACCAACAUGGUUGUUCCUGCCAUCCCUAAAUCAAAGGUGCUGCUUUGGGUGUCUAACAACCAUCCUUCUCUCCAGCCUAAUGGACUGUUACUAUGGCAUCUGCCAAACCUGUAGUGAGCCUUUCAUGUUGGAGACAUAGAGACCCAACAAUGGAAGGAAGCUGCAUCCUGAUGUAACUGUAGUAAGUCAGAAGAGUUAACACUGAGGGAAUAUGCAAUGUACAAUAUACAAUGUGUAUAUUUUUGGCUUUUUCAGGUAGGUAUGCACUAUGUUGGAAAUCUUUUCCCCUCUCUGGUGUACAGCAUCCUGUGUCUUUAGGACAGGAAGGUUCAGGAUGUUGCACACAGCCUAAUAGCAAAUCAGAGCCAAAAUAUAAUUAACAGUGGCAAGACUUUCAAAAGUGAUUUGUUUUUUUGAGAGUCAGAGCUCAGCAUGUUUCUCAAAUUGAGCAACCAUUAACUUAAGAUGUCCAGAAGCACUAUUUACUUUUUGAAAGUCCAGGCCCAGAAUUUUAGAUGUAUUGGUUAUGAAGCCCCCUAAAGACAGAAGAAUAAUAUCCGAUCAGUGCAAAGAUGCUACAGAAGUACUUGCCAAUGUGUCCUUUGAAGAGCUGCCCACAGAAUGGCAACUUACAAGCUGAUAAUUAUUUAAUUAACUAGUCACAUGCAUUGCAGAAUUUUGUUCCUAAGUUUUAGUAUGUUUUGUAGUCCUUUCUCUUAUAGUUUUUAAAAAUGCAGUGUGAAGACUGAGAUGUGUCUAUUUUCUAGGUCAAUCAUAUUGGUACUGCUGCUUAAAAAUAUGAUAACAAUUUGCGUAAAAAGAAACAGAACAGGAGAUACUUAUGUGGUAAGAAUCCUCUUAUUUUACUAUGUAAUGAUAAUGUCUAGAGUAAUUCAAAUGAUAAAGGACUGAUCAUCAGGGAUUGGUAUGCUCCUUGAGUAUGAGAGAAGAUAUGUUAGGCUAACAGCUAUUAGAAGCAUUUUAUAUAUCAAUGUUGGUCUUGAACGUCUUCCAGUACAUGAGCUUGAAGUUAGAUGUGAGAACUAUUUCUCUCAAAGUGCUUUGUUUUAAGUGAUUCCCAGGAGUAUAGUUGUGAUGAUCUUGAAAAGCAGUAUUAUAUGAACUGAGAAAUGUGCAAAUAAGAUGCAGAUCAUAGUCCAGUUGUAUUCAAUGGGAGUUUUGCCAUAGAUUUCCAUGGGACAAGUUUUGAUCUUAUGUUUGAAACAGACUUAGACCUGGAACCUACAAAAACUUCCACAUGUGAAUAAUUUUAGGCAUAAUAUUACUCCUGCUGAGUCUGAUGGGCCUACUCACAUGUGUAAAGUAUCUCUGGCAUGGGGCUGUAAUGAACUCACUAUGCGUUGGAUUUGUAUUUAACUUGUCACCGUGUUUCGGUAUUUUAAUCACUUUUAUUCUCCCAAAGUAGGCCAUGCUUCCUCAGGGAUAUUUAUGAAAUGAGUAUACACGUAUUGAACAACUGUUUGAAUCCCAGCACUGUCCUUAGAAAACUUUGUUAUAUAAGUAAGUGUGUAGGAGAAUUUUUAUUAUUGUGAAUGGGGGUGAGUACUAUGUUCUCAGAAAGGCUACUGAAUUCCAAUUUCCAAGUCUGUUGAAGGUUUUUGAUGCUGAAUACUUUAUUAAUAGCAGACAUAUCCACUUUUGCCUGGGUCCUGAGAUCAGUUGCAUGGAAAGAAUGCUCUGUAUUUGUUCAAUAAUUCAUUUUAUGUACUGGGUGCCAAGAUCAAGUCAACAUGAAAGGGAGGGAAUAAGCUAUUUUUGAAAUCCCUUAGUUCUGUGCAGAAGGGUAGGAUGCCAAUAUCGUUUUGUUAAAACAGUAACUUUCAACCCUGGUGAGAUGUAUAUAUUUGCAUAUGCCACUGUCACCCUUAAAUUUGGUACUGUGACAGUGGCAAAUGAGCUACGACCAAUCUGAUUGCUAUCUCCAAAAUCUAGGUAAACAGUAACAGCAUCAACCAAGACUUAGCUCAGCACUCAACCUUGCAGUCUUCCUCCCAUGAGUGAUCUGAGACCCUGUUACCUUUAUUCACAGUAAUUGUUCUUUGUGUGAGAAAGGGCUGUUUCAUGAGGCCUUCACUAAGAUGCUUUGCUGGAACUCCAGUCAUCUUUACUACAUCAGAUACAGUCACUUUUAAUACCAGGAGGGGGACAGAAUCUUUACCCUGAAUAAGAAAAUAUACCAUAGUGAAAAUAAACAAUGGACUUUUUAUUACUCCCCCCCUUUUUUUUUAUUUAGCUGUGUGGCUCUCUUUCUCUGGAACUGUCACAUAAUUUAUUCUGUUAAAAAAGAUAAGCUGCACAGGAAAGAAGUUUGCAAAAGCUCUGUUAGCUCUUUGGUUUUGCCAAUCCAUCUGCAUCUACAUGCAUUACCAAGUUCGUUCUUUGCACUGUUUUCCUCUCUAUCCCUUAGGGGACUUGUUCUCAACCUUUUUAAGACUCAAGGCACUCCUCCUUGGAUUCAAGGUAUCCCUCAUUAGAUUCUAGGCACCCCUUGUUAGAUUCAAAGUAUCCCUCAUUAGACUCAAGGAAUCCCUGGGAAAAUGCCAUUUCUUACUUUUCACUUAUUUUUUGACUACAGAAAAAUAGCAUAAUUCUUCUGUUGCAAAUAACUCAUAAAGACUACAAUAGGGUGAGAAAAAUACAAUAGGGUGAGAAAAUCCAUGUUUUUAACACUAUGGAUUCCUAUUUGAAAUCUCUGGUUUUAUCUUGGGAAUUAUGUUUGCAAACCAACUGUGCUAACAUUGCAUGGCACCCCACAGCACACUUGAAAGAAUCUUAAAGCAUCCCAAGGUGUCCCCUGUUUGAGAAUCGUUGCCUUAAGGUAAUAUUGCUACUUGAUAAUAGCUGUUGGGUCUUUAGGGGAGUCAAACUUUCCCAACGACAAAAUUUCUAUUUCUUUUUUUAAUGCUCUAAAUAUUGUGGGCCAGAUCUGAUGUUGGUGUAAAUUGGCAGAUCUCUAAUAAAGUCAUGACAUAUUUCCUGACUAAUGCCAGCUAUGGAUCCAGUCCAGCACUGCUGUUUUUCCCACUAGGUCUCAGUUAUUGGAAAAUAAAAGUCUGCACAUCUUGCCCUUUUUUAACAACUAAUAUCUUUGCAAUCUCAGUCUCAGUGAGUGUGGGACAGUUGGCUCUGACCUCUAGAUCCUGGCCAAUAUAAGAUUUUAAUUUGACAAGAAAAGUAUCCCAUGCUGUCAGUAAAGUUGAUGGAUUUGACCAAAGCAAGGUACUACUGGCAUUGCCUACAAUUAGGAAAAAUGUCUGGAGUGCAAAAACUCCCAAUAAUACAAUGUCUGAAUAAAUGGGACCCUCGCAGCAACAAGUACAAAUCAGCAGUUAAGAAAAGCUUCCCUUAUUAAUUGUCUUCUGAAGAUACUGAUGAAAUAUCUAUGAACAGCAGGGUUAAGUAUAAGAAAUAGUAGGAACAAAUGAAAUGCUAGCAAUGGUGUAGGCCUGGUAUUAGGCAGUAGUCAUUUUUUUUAAUCUAAGGAAAGGACUGCAACAAAUAUUUCUACUUUGUUUUUGGAAAAAAAACAGAGUGAAAGCCUUUCUAUUGCAUCAGUAACUAGGGAAAAUAUUAAUAAGAAAAUAUUAAAAUACACAUUGUUUAAAUCUUUAGGACCAGAUAACUUGUACCCAAUGAUAUUAAAAAUAAUUACUCUGGAGCUCUCUAAAUCAUUAAUGCUGCUUUUAAUAAAUCUUGAAAUAUUAGGGAAGUUCCAAAGAACCACAUAAGAGCCAGUAUUGUGCUGAUAUUUAAAAAACGGCAAAUAAGAUGACCCAGGAAACCAUAAAUAGGGCGUCAUUGGUCCCUGUCAUUGGUCAUGGGCAAAAACCAUAGAAACGUUGAUUAUGACACAAGUAGAGGUGCACUGAUACAUCAGUCUGAUAUCUGAUCAGCACUGAUAUAAAGAAAAUUGACUGUAUCAGAAAUUGGCUUUUUUUAGCCUAAUGUGGCUGAUAAAUGUCCCAUGCAAAUGCAACUGCAACACAGCACGUAGGCAGCAAGGAGCGGAGCCCAGCAGCUUGGAGAUCUGUGUCCACUGGUAAAUUUGUUGUAGUGGAAGGGGAGGGAGAAAGCAUUGGGCGAAAAGAUCAGUUUGAGUACUGUGUCCAGUAUUGGGCGCCGCACUUC